ACCAGCUCAGGCUCAACCACGCCGACAGCGGGGUGCAGACAGCCGCCAAGAAGAUCGUGCGUGAGUGGAGAGCGGCGCUGAAGGGCCCCGCCUCCCAAGCCGCCGCCUCUGCCGCCACAGCCGCCGCCUCUGCGAUGCCGUUCGACGGCGGCUCGUUGGGAAGAGGCGAGGAAGCAGCUCCGGGGCGGUUCAGCCGGCUGACCCAAUGGUCUGCUUCGGCCACGGUGCUGUCCCAAGCCGCCUUUCCCCUUGGGGGCGACGAGGCCGCGCAGCUGUCGCGAUCGAUCGAGCAGGCCGUGGCGGCGGAGCAGGAGGCCGCCGCCGCGGCGCGGGAUGCGGGGAGGGCGGCGGCGGCGGCGGCGGAGGCGGCCAAGCAGGCGGUGGAGAAGGCGGAGAGGGCGGCGGCGGCGGAGCAGGCGGCGGCGGAGAGGGCGGCGGAGGAGCGGGCGGCGGCAGACAGGGCCGACGCUUUUCGCGUGGCCGCCGAGAUUGCGGAGGCCAUCUUUGCGAGCGAAGCCUUGGACGACGUGGGCAGGGCCGGAAAGGUGCGCACCCUGGCUGUGAGCUUGAGCCAGCGCCGCAACGGGCAGCUGCGCUCGCGCGUGCGCAGAGGAAGCCUUACUGCGAAGCGGCUGCUUGAGAUGAGCCCCGAGGAUCUCGCGCCGCCCGAGAGGCAGGUGCAGCGCGAGCGGGCGCGAGCCGAUGCGAAGCGGAAGGCCAUCAUCCCAGGCCACGCUGCCGGACGCUUCGGCGUCUCCUACGCGGGCGCCGCCGCGGAGCACGCCGGCCGGCGGCAGGAGGAGACGCCGGACAAGGUCGCACGGCGGCGCGCCGCGAUGCUGCCGCCAUCACUCGAGUCGCCGUGCGCGUCGCCGCUGGCGGCGGGCGGCGCGGGGCCGUCGAGCGCAGGCGCGAGCAGAGAGGAGGGCUGUCGCUCGGAGAAGGAGGUGGAGGGGGACGGGUUCUGGGGUGAACGGACGUGGGCGGAGAAGGACGCGGCACUCCGCGCCGCAGCCGUCAUUCUCGACGACGACGGCGGAGUCGGUGCAGGAGUCGCCGCCGAAGCGGCGGCGAAGACUGCCGCCACAGCGGCUGCGACCGCCGUGCACUUGCCGUCGCCUCUUCCCCGCGGGCGGAAGCGGGGACGUCCACCGACGUCGGAAUUCGCGAGCCAGCCACCGACGGAGCGCACGGAGGGUGGAGCGGCGGGCGCGGUCGCGCCAAGGGUUGCGCCGAGGGUUCCGCAAGUAGUGGAGCUCGUGCGAUCGGCGCCCGACGGCGCUGCCCCUCCCGCGGGUACCGCCGUGGGCGCAUCAGCAUGUGUGGAGGCGAUGAGCGACUCGGAGGAGGAGAAGGAGGGGCUGCCGGCGGGCGUCCCGGAGGAGAGCCGGCCUCUGCUGGAGCGGAGCCGGCCCGGACUCGCCGCGGCGUUGGCGGAGAAGCUUCGCAGCGCAGAGUAUGAGACGACUUGACUCAGUUGCCUGAUCCCACCACAGUACGUUUCUGUUUGUUUCUCAUGCUGUCGCUUGAGACAUAGUACUGUCGCUGAGAGCUCGGUUUAGUAGAGUAGAUAUAGGGGAAGACAGUGUCAGAGAGAGAGAGAGGAUUUUUUGAAAACCAACAAGAAAUCA